CAGUUAAUUAUCAACCUUCACCUAGUUCCCACUUGAGAUUUGACAUUAUGUUCAAGCUGCAACUGAGCCUUUUUGCUGUUGUACUCGCCUUGCUGGACGCCAGCACAGCUGGCUCUUUGGAAUGGCCGGCAAAUCUUGUGUCGCUGAGUACAGGCAAAUCCUCUCAGUCAUUGCCGUUGCCUCUACAAUUGCCUGAGGAGUCAUCCGCUGAGACUGCCUCGGAGAGCAGCGCCAGCUCAUCCGCUGAACCGCAGCUGGAGGAAGCGUCUGAAUCUUCUGCUGCUAGCUCCAGUGCAGAUGCUGCUGCCGAUGCUCAACUUGUGCCCGUGUCCAUUCCACUGCCCCUUAUUCUGGCUACCCGUUCGGGUUUGCGCAGUGUGCUCACUAUUCAGGAGCCCACUUUGGCCAGAUUGGGUGAACUGGUGGAGCAUGUGCCCUCUGCCAUUUCGCACCAAAGUCAAACAGUGGUGCACGAUCAUCGACGUGUGGUUACGCCAAUUGUGGCACCAGCCGUGCGCACCACUAAACUUGUCCGUCAACAUCCACCCUUGCUGUGGACUCUGAGCUCCGCUGAUCCUCGCGUUAUACUACUCCGCAAUUAAACACAAAACGAGCACAACAACAACAACAAGUUGAAACCAAAGAGAAAACAACAUUCUAAAAAAUGUAUUCUUCUAGCUAACACAUCUUCUAUUUCUGCCUUUGACACUAUACCUGCCAUUUUCUAGAAUCUAUCUCUAUCUCUUACUUUUAUCUCUGCUUACUUUUUGUUUGGAAUAAAGAAUUCGCAUUUGCAA